GCACCCACUUACCACUCUCAGCCGACACACGCCAUGUGUGCGUUCACUUCCUCACUUGCACCCUCGUGGCACGAUGGCCAACAAGACAUCGGCGGCUUCAGGACUUAGGCUCGAUGCGGCUGUGGGCAGGAACCUUGCGAUCGAUGUCGUCGCUGCUGGCGCCGCCUCCUUCUUCGUCGCCCCGUUUAUCACGACGGUGGACCGAGCGAUCAUUGAGAACGCCAGCGGGAAGCGCGUCCUCUCGACGGCAUUACAGGAGAUCUCGCUGGAUUUCUUGCGCAACCCGCUCUCGUUCAUUCGACGAAAGGAGUUCCUGUUAAUCUAUGGGCUGUACACGGCCACGUACUUGAGUGCGAACGCCAUCGACACGGUGUGCGAAGCCACCGAACACGACAACAAGCUGCCCAAGUUUGUCGGCACGACCGCGGUCAACAUGGGGCUAUGCAUUGCCAAGGAUCGAGAAUUCGCCCGCAUGUUUGGCGUGAUCGCGCCGGCCAAGUUUCCCCUGGUUUCUGUGGCUCUGUUUGCAGUCCGCGACUCGAUGACGGUCGGCGCGUCGUUCGUUGCGCCGCCUGUCAUCGCUUCCUUCAUUGAAUCGAACGGAUUCGCGAACAAGUCGAAUUCCAACUCGUUGGCGCAAAUGCUGUGUCCUGCCAUCGUCCAAUUGGUCUCGACACCGCUCCACCUUCUUAGCCUCGAUCUGUACAAUCGAAAUGUUGCGACAACUCAAAGCCGGGUCGCGUUCGUAUCUCGCGAGUACCUGAAAUCGACCGCCGCGCGGAUCGGGCGCAUUGCACCGGCGUUUGGUUUUGGCGGCAUCGGCAACAAAUACUUUAGGGAAAACUUGAGGGCGUUGUGGGCAGCAUAGAGCCCGGCGGUAGAAGCAUGCCAGAGCAUAAUCUAGAGAUAUUUGCGCAUUCCGUGUCCACGAACGCGAUGCAGCCAGCUGUCGUGUAGGGGGCGACCACCAGAUCGGCGAUCGAACAAGGCGCGCCAUUGCUUCAGCAUGACGUGUCCUGACACAACGGCCAUCGUGGCAACAAAGCCAUCCGUUCGCCCGAGUCUGAGGUGUUGUCGAACGUUGUUUCGCCACGUGUGGCUUGGCGCCAGCGUCGUGCGUGCACAACCCCCGUCGGCGUACGAGAUGAACCACCACUGAAGCGCUGCUGCGCCUCCGUGAAGAGUUUCAGCAUGGAAUGUCCUUCGACCUCGUGUCGGUUCAGGCAUUUUUCUGCAAGAUAUCCGCGCUUGCAUUUCAUUCCCACGUGAACAAGGAUGGUCGAGCAUCUCCAUCUUG